CACAAAGCUGCUGCAGCUUCGGUGGAUGCGGGCUGCAUGUGAAAGCUGAUGAGUCUCGAAAAGUUUAGGAAACAAGUUUGUCCAAACUUUUACUCGUCUGUGUGGGUGCUGAGCGACAAAUAGGCUCACGUGAAGCCUCCAAAACCGGACUGGGACUGGCGAGAACUGGAAACUUUUUUCUCAACUCUGAAACUUUUUUAAUUUUUUUUAAAUUUUAGAUCUUAACAUGAUCGGCUUGUUAUGGACCUUGUUGAGCUGCUUAUUGACUGCCCCAACUGUGACAUGACAUGAAACCAUCUCGGAGUAACUCUGUUCUGACGCAGCGCGAUGGAACUACAGAAGCCCAUAUGAAGUCUAACUAUUUUAAGCUUCAUUCUUCCUGGAAAUGGCAAGUCGUGCCAAAUUGAUGGAGCGGACAGCGGUUCUGAUAUGCAGUGUUGUGAUCCUAAUCAUCGGUCUAUGUGUCGGAUCUCCUAACCACAGUCGCCGGCUGGUCUGCUGGAAAGCUAUCCUUAAGUGCCACGGAGAGCCAGAGUGCCAUUACGCUUAUGAUCAGUACCUCUAUGCGUGCGCGUCUGUCCUCACCGGUGACCGUAAGAAGUGUCCCAGCCACUGCAUAUCUUCUCUCAUCCAGCUCAAUCAGACCCAAAGCGGCCCGGCUCUGGAGGACUGCGACUGCGCCCUUGACCCGGUCUGCAGGAGCACCAAGCAAGCAAUAGAGCCGUGCUUGCCGCGGACCAGCACCCUGGGAUGCACCGAGGCCCGGCGGCAGUGCGAGGCGGACCCGUCGUGCAGCUCAGCCAUGGAUGAUUAUUUAUUUCACUGCCGGAAACUUUUCGGAGGGGAAAGGUGCUCGGACGAGUGCCGGAGAGUGAUCACCAACAUGCGCUCGAUACCGAAAGCGCAGCAGCUAGACACUUGCGUGUGCGACGGCACGGACAGGAACAUAUGCGAGUAUAUAAAAGUCAGCAUGAAAACUUACUGCUCUGAUUCCAGUGAUCGGUUCGCGGGGAGCGGCUUUUCAGACACUGAGGACGAUUCCGAUGACGAUUAUAUCGACCAGGACAGUUAUCAAUAUGUGGAAAACUCAAGUGACUCCCCACCUUGUCAGACUGCCCUAAAUGUCCUGACCACCAUUUUGGUUUUAACAAAAUUUAUCUGAAAAGGUGCUGCCUUUAAGGGCAGUUAGAAAGUCAGUAGUGUGGCUCAUUGUGAGUCAAAAAUCUCUUUGUCAGCCAUUUUUGUCAUUAAACUAACAUUUGGGGUCAACACUAAACUUUCUGCUACAGAUAUGCACAAGUUCAGAACACUUAAAGUUUCUUUUUUUAAUCACUCAAUAGCAUAUGUUAUAUUUCACAUUCAAAAGCUAAAGGAGCCUAUUUUUGUGUAAAGAUAGAUUGUACAGUAUAUUGUAUAAAAGUAUUUUUGUCAAGAUAUUUGUUUGAGUGACAAGAGAUUUGCACUGUAUGGAUAGAUGAGUCCCACUCUUUUACUGCAUUAUGACCACAGAGGAAGGAAAAAAUGUUUUUAAAGUGCCUAAAAGUCUUAAAACUGGGUUUUUCACCAUGAUGUGACCAUAUCAGAGGCUUGCUCUGAAAGCAGAGCAAUUUUCCUUUACCAGCUGCAAAGAGACUUUCUCCACAACCCCUUCAUUACAAACCAAAGUUGAUGUAAGCCACUGAAAUGUGUCUAAAUUCAGAUAAUGCAUCUGAGACAAGAAGCUCCUUAAGAGGGAUACACUUGACUUUUGCAAACAUGGAUGUUUACGGCUAAGAUAUAAAGUGUUAAUUCAUGAAAAUACUGUUCAAACAGACAAGGAAAAAUAAGGUGAACUCCUCCUCUUGGGGGAUCUGCAGCACAAGUGGAGCCAAGAAGCUGUUGGGUCAGUUUGUUUAUACUCACCCCGUGUGUUUGUUAGAAGUCCUUACAAAGACACACUGAGAGAAAAAAGAUGUCUGUGUUCGGGUGAGUGGAGAUAUUAAGUGCCCAUUAGGAACACACUCCUCUGAAUGUACAUGCACAUUUAAUAAAGAGAUUUAAAAUGAUUCCUUUGAAGAUGUUUGGCUCUGUCUGUUUCAAGUUUCAGACUUCAUUUAUUGAUUAGAGUGUGUCAGGUUA